AUGGUGUGUUUUUGCUUUAUGGUGGAUCAGAAAAGAAUAAUGAAAAAUAGUAAACCAAUAGCUAGUUCUUGUUCAAGAUGCAGCUGCAGUGCCCACGUGGCAGACAUGUGUACACUUACAAGAUUUUGUUAUAUCCCUUUUUAUUGGAAAUCUUGGAAGGCUAUUGUUUGUUGUUUCUGUGGUGCAAUUCUCAAGUCUUAUACAUAA